GUCUGCGGCUACAUAUAAUCAUCGGAUUCGCCCGCAAGCCAUGGUACGGCUGCACAUGUGCACGCUAGACGCUACCGGCCGGCUAAAGUCAUUCCCGAUGACCUUUGCUGAAUCCCCUCCCUCCUGCAACGGAUUGAUCACAAGUAGUAAAGCUAUAUACGCAAACACACGCAUACAGAAUCAUCACAUAAGAUCACCACACAGCCAGUGAUCAUAAUUGCAAGACCACACAGUUUCCAGACUGAAAGAAGGAAUUCACCUACAUACAGCUUAAGUUCGUGAGAUCUGCAGGGGCAUCGUCCAUCGUCAGAUAUAGAUAUGGCGCCAGCUCCAGCUAUCGCGGUGGCGUUGCUCGCUCUCGCCUGCUGUUGGUUGGCAGUAACCGCCGCGGACACAGCACCGAUCAAGUGGCAGAGGGCCAACGCGACGUUCUACGGCGGCGCUGACGCUUCGGGCACCAUGGGCGGAGCGUGCGGGUACGACAACCUCUACACGGCGGGGUACGGAACACGGACGGCGGCGCUGAGCACGGUGCUGUUCGACGACGGCGCCUCGUGUGGGCAGUGCUACAAGAUCGCGUGCGACCGCAAGCGGGCGGACCCAGCCUUCUGCAAACCCGGAGUCACGGUGACGAUCACAGCCACAAACCUAUGCCCACCUAACGACGCGCUCCCUAACGAUAACGGCGGAUGGUGCAACCUGCCGAGGCCGCACUUUGACAUGGCGCAGCCGGCCUGGGAGAAGAUUGGCGUCUAUAAGGGUGGCAUCAUCCCCGUCAUGUACCAGAGGGUUCCAUGUGUGAGGAAGGGCGGGGUGCGGUUCAGGAUGGUUGGUCACGAUUACUUCAACGUAGUCAUUGUGAUGAACGUCGCGGGCGCUGGUUCCAUCAAGUCCAUGGAUAUCAAAAGCUCCGAUUCAAACGACUGGUUGUCCAUGUCUCGUAACUGGGGCGCAAACUGGCAGUCUGGAAGCUACCUUACUGGGAAAAUGCUCUCGUUCAGAAUUACUAUCACGGAUGGGCAGACGAUCGAGUUCAACAAUGUUGUGACGGGCGGAUGGAAGUUUGGACAGACAUUCGCGAGCAAAUUGCAGUUCAAGUGAUCACUCUCAGUAGAUUAAUUUAGGAUGCGAUUGUUUCUGAGACACCAUCUGAAAUGAUUGGAAUUAUUUUAUUGGUGUGUGGUGCUUACUAAAAUUUAUUAAUUAAGCCCACCUGUGUAUAUAAAUGUAUAUGUUGGUUGGUUAGGGCAACAUCACACAUUUGGUGUGCCUGUUUAACCCGCUGUAAAUUUGUGUAUUAUUGACUUGUAUGAUGUAUAUAAAAUGAGACC